AUGUCGACAAGCAAGCGGCGCGCUCCGGGCGCAGAACCGCAAGUCUCAAUGCAGACAUACCCUCAAGAUGCCAGCAUACCGACCGACCAGUACAUGAACUGGAACGAUCCCACAAUGAGUGCCGACAUGGGCGCCUUCAAUGAUCCAGUACUAUUCGAGAACUACGGCACGAACGCGAUAAACAGUGGGCAUAACAGGGUGAUAUCGUUAGAUGGGAUGACAGACGCGCCAGACAUGAGCUCGGGACAGUUGGUCAGGAGAAAUCCAAAUCAGCAGCUUGCACCUGCACCGCGGCGAGGGCAGUGGGACGGCUAUCCUAGCCCAGCACAGCAGUGGGAGAACAUCGCUGAUGACGAUGAAGAAUUGGAACAGAAAGCUGCGGUCGCGAAGAAGGAUGCGCAAGCAAAGCGGAAGCAGAUCCCUCCGUUCGUACAAAAGCUGAGCAGCUUUCUCGACAACAACAAGAACGAAAAUCUUAUCCGAUGGUCAGACGACGGCAACUCAUUCAUCGUGCUAGAUGAAGACGAAUUCGCGCGGACACUCAUCCCAGAGCUCUUCAAACACAACAACUACGCUUCCUUCGUACGACAGUUGAACAUGUACGGCUUCCACAAGAAGGUUGGACUGUCAGACAACUCCAUGAAAGCAAGCGAGACCAAGGCAAAAGCACCCAGCGAAUACUACAACAAGUACUUCAAGCGCGGGCGACCGGAGCUGCUGUGGCUGAUUCAGAAGCCCAAGAACCCAACGGCCGGCCCUAAGCGGAAACGAGACGACGAGGCCAAGGGUGACAGCGAUGACGAGCGCAAGUAUGUGCAAGACACCGGUGGCGGUGGCUACAUCGAGGACUUGACCGCAGUCAGGCGGAGUGACGAUAUGACUAUGAUCCCACGAUCGGAGUACAACAGUUUGCGAGUCGAAGUCCGGGAGCUACAACAACAGCAGAAGCUCAUCUCAAAUGUUUUGGGCCAGAUUAAGCGUCAGAAUGAUGAACUGUACUCACGAGCAACAUCCUUCCAAGCGCUACACGACCGUCACGAAAAUUCGAUCAACGCCAUCCUCACCUUUCUUGCUACGUUCUACAAGCGUGGUUUGGAGGGCAAUGCGGGCGGCAUCAACCUCGCAGAUAUGUUCCCUGGAGCGCGGCAGCAGACUCAUGGGAACGUAGUCGAUGUCGGUGAUUACCAAGCGCCAGAGGUGAACAGGUCACCAUCGUUCCAGCGUAAGAAGCAGCCGCUUGCGCUCUUGCCCGCUCCAGGGCCCGAGAAGGACUACCUAUCGCCACCUGGCGGCCGCGCAACCACCAUGAGCCCGACAACAAGACCCAUACCUAGCCCGAUCACAAGACAAAGCAGUCAGCAAGGCAUCUUCCGCCCUCACUCACAAACAAGGACGCCAUCCGGCAUGCCAGCUGCACAAGGUCGAGACGGCUCAUCCUCCGUCCCUCCCCUCAAAGUCGAAUCACAGUCGCCACAGAAUGUGGAACCCCUGCCUGAAGCCGAAGAAAUCCUCUCUGCCAUCCAAAACGCCAACACUAAUGCCGGUCACCCCACCAGCCAAGCACCUCAAUUCGAUUUUCCCGCCGCGCUGUCGAACUACCAAACGGCCGACGGGGCUGUGCCUCUUACACCGCAACAGCGUAACGACGUCUUGAGCCUCAUGGCCGACAACGCAGCUGCGUCACACACCAACAAUGCGCUCACAAACCCUGAUCCGCCCGAAAUCAGCAACUUGCUCAAUGACCUGAGCAGAUACCAGGAAACACAGCAACAGCUCGAACUCCUGCAGAAAAUGAGCGACCAGCAGAACAGCAGAGUCCAGAGCCUCCAGGAGCGACUGCAGCCUCUUAGUCCGAGUGGGCAGAUCCCAGGGUUGACGGAUGGUAACACGAACUACUUCGGUAAUCAGCUUGGUGAUCCGGCGCAGUACGACUUGGACCUCGAUUCGUUCGUGCAAGACCAUGACUACUUCCCAAACAGUACAACGAAUGAGAAUGACCACCCCAACAACGUUCUGCCAGACUUCAACUACGAUUUGCCGGACACGAAUGCGGGUAUGAACGGGGGCGGGUUCGGUGUUGGAGCUGAUGCGUUCAACUUCGAUGCGCAAAAUGACGGCACUCUUCAUGUUGCAGAUAACAACGACGGAAGGGUUGAGAGCGUGAGUUCGUCGGGCACAUCGCCGGCUGCUACGGUAGAAGAGGUGGAAGACGAGACGAGGCGAAGGAGUCCCAAGAGGAUGAAGAGGUGA